AUACAAAAAUAUAUCAUAUAUAAAUUAUUCAAUGUAAUAUAAAACUGCACCAAUCAUUUUAAUAAUUUUCAUCUUCAAUUGCAUAUGCCUGACUCCUUUGUAGGACUAAUUGUCAUGAUACAGCCACACAAAAACAAAACAAAAAAUUGUUGCCAACCCUAUAAAAACAGUGCAUUUCUGAGAGUGCAAAACACAGAGAAAAAUACACACAACAAAUAUUGAGAGAUGGGUUCUAAGGAAGUAGGUAACAGGCCUCAUGUUGUUUGCAUUCCUUUUCCAGUUCAAAGCCAUAUAAAGGGAAUGCUUAAGUUUGCAAAACUCCUCCACCAUAGAGGUGUUCAUAUAACCUUUGUCAACACAGAGUUCAAUCACAAGAGGUUCCUUAAGUCUCUGGGGUCCAAUUCCCUCGACGGCUUGCCUGGUUUUCGAUUCGAAACCAUACCAGAUAGCCUUCACAGCUCAGAUGAAGAUACCACUCAAGACCUUCUUUUGCUUGCUGACUCAGUCAGUAAAAAAUUUCUAGCACCAUUUCUUGGCCUCCUCAAGAAACUCAAUCACACGGCCAACAUUCCUCCAGUGUCUCACAUCGUUUCGGAUGGUUGGAUGUCCUUCACCAUCACAGCAGCUGAAGAAAUCGGAAUUCCUGUGGUGCUCUUCUUCACUAUUUCUGCAAGCAGCUUCAUGGGAUUUACACAGUUUCCCACUUUGGUGGAAAGAGGACUUACCCCUCUCAAAGAUGAAAGCUUCUUAACAAAUGGUUUUCUGGACAAGAUCAUAGAUUGGAUUCCAGCAAUGAAAGAUAUCAGGUUAAGGGAUCUCCCAAACAACUUUAUUACAACAGAUCCCAAUGCCAUAUCUUGGAUCUUCUCCAUUGAAGCAAUCAAAAAAUUCGAUAAAGGUUCAGCCAUUGUUCUUCAUACUUUUAAUGCAUUGGAGCAAGAAGUUUUGGAUGCUCUCUCAUCCAUGUUUCCACUUGUUUAUGCAAUUGGCCCUCUCCAACUAUUUCUUAACCAGAUACCGGAGUACCCUUUGAAGGACAUGGGAUAUAGUCUAUGGAACGAAGAAACCGAAUGCAUCAAAUGGCUAAAUUCUAAAGAACCAAAUUCGGUUGUUUACGUGAACUUUGGAAGUUUAGCGGUCGUAACACCCGAACAGCUUGUGGAGUUUGGUUGGGGACUGGCAAACAGCAAGCUUCCCUUCUUUUGGGUAAUUAGACCUGAUCUGGUUGCAGGUGUGCCUAUGCUCUCCUUGCCCGUCUUUGCGGACCAGCAAACAAAUUGUCAUUGUGUUUGUAAUGUGUGGGGAAUUGGCAUGGAGAUUAGUAAUGAUGUCAAGAGAGACCAGGUGGAAAAGCUUGUUAGAGAGUUGAUGGAAGGAGAGAAAGGUAAGCAAAUGAAAAACAAGGUCAUGGAGUGGAAGAAACUGGCAGAAGAAGCCGCUAGUCCACAUGGUUCUUCAUCCUCAAACUUGGAAAACUUUGUAAAUCAAGUACUAUAUUAAAGAAACGCUAGAUGCUAAAUGCGUAUGAGAAUGUCUUUAAUUGUCUUGUCGAUGAUAUAUCUUGUUGUUCUUCACUCCCUUCUCACUUGUUCUUCCAACUCUGUCAUUUUCUUUACAUCGCUCUCGACACUCGGACUUCCGAGUUAUACUGCUGUGCAACACCUUCACUUGGGUUUUGGAAAGCUUUGUCAAGAGUGCAGAGAUUAUUCCUUUGGUGGGAGGUUUGCUUGUUAUGUGAAAUUCCUCACAUCUGGCACACUCUUUCCAAACUCAUCUCAUUCUUAUUAUUAUUUUUAUUUUAUUUUUUUGUUUUGAUGUUG